AAAGUGCGGCUUCGUGAAGGUGCUAUGCGCAGCGUCAUGGUACCAGUAGUAACUGAACACGCGAACGCGCAUGCUACAGUGAAACCGCAAGCAAUCCAGCGAACUUCAAAUUGUUCGAGAAGUCGACGAGUGCAUAACCCCUUUGAACUGUCACCGACACAUUUGACACUUUCGAUAACCAAAUUAACGAACACUCAGGAGUAUAAUUGAAGAACUUAUUAAUAUUACUACCCGAAUUUACGUGUAACGAACUUCCAAAUUUGUAGUCAAUGGACUACGAGAAACAAAAGGAUGAGGUCACUGCUUUGGAGAGUAUCUACAAUAAGGAGGAGUUCUCAUAUAACGAGGAGAACAGCCGAUUCGACUGUACUUUCAAGAUAUUCGUGAAUCUCCCAACAAUGUAUUAUCUAACAUACAAGGAUCUGAGACACGAAGUGGACACUGCGCAGAAAGUGCAAAUAUCAUAUUUACCACCCUUAACGUUGCACGUUACAUUACCAGAAGAUUACCCAACUACAUCAGCACCAAUAUUUACACUAUGUUCCUCUUGGUUGCGCUUGUCAGCAUUAGCUAAGUUAUGUAAAAAGCUAGAUUUGUUAUGGGAGAGCAGCAAGCAAGAGAUCUUAUUCGCAUGGGUGGAGUUCCUUCAGAACGAAACACUCAAAUUUUUAAAGAUAAAAGAGUACUUGGACAUGGAUUACAUGUAUACAUCUUACAAGAAAACACUAGAAAAACUGCAGACUCCGCAAGCAAACAACGAAACUGGUGAAUCUUACAAACAGUGCAAUAGCGAAGUUAGUAAAGAGAACACUGUGUCAAAGAAAACUAAUUCUAUCGACAAAAGAGCAAUUUUAGAGUGUCCAGUUGGCAGAAAUCCUAUUCAAGUUUUGGUCAACUACAACGAGCAACGGAAACAGAUAGAAUUCAAAAAGAACUUUUACACUUGUAAUAUCUGCUUUACUGACAAAUCAGGAGAGCAUUGCACUCAAUUUUUGCCUUGCGCUCACACUUUCUGUAAAGAUUGCAUUAGAGGUUACUUUGAGGUGAGAAUCAAAGAAGGAAAUGUACAGAAUAUUUGUUGCCCUGAGGAAAAAUGCAAGUUUGAGGCUACACCUGGCCAGAUAAAAGAUUUGGUGAGUUCAGAAUUAUUUUCAAAGUAUGAUUCCAUAUUGUUAAGUGCUACACUAGACACUAUGAUGGAUAUUGUUUAUUGUCCACGACGACACUGUCAAUAUCCAGUUACUCGCGAUCUCAACGAUCAAAUGGCGAAAUGUCCCGUUUGCCAGUAUGCGUUCUGUGUUCGUUGCAAGAUGGUUUAUCAUGGAGUAGAACCCUGUAAAAUCAGUUCAGCCGAGAAACAACGAUUAGUGAGUGAAUAUCAGUCAGCCAGUAAUGAGAAGAAGGCUGAAAUGGAGCAGCGUUAUGGCAAGAGGCAGCUCGAGAUUCUGAUAGAGAACACUAUGUCUGAGAAUUGGAUCGACAAUAACAGCCAUAAUUGUCCUCACUGCAAGAGCGCUAUUGAGAAAUCGGAUGGCUGUAAUAAGAUGACCUGUUCGCAUUGUGGCACGUAUUUCUGUUGGUUAUGCGGCAUGCGGCUCAAUCCCGAGGCACCUUACUUACAUUUUCGUAAUCCAGAAUCCAAGUGUUUUGAAAUGUUGUACCGCGGUGUGAUACCCGAUGAACCAGACGAUGACGAUGAUUUCGAUCUCCACGCCGAGUAUAUGGAGUACGACUACUACACGGACGACGAAGACAUUUAUGAUGAAGAUUUUGACUUGGAGUUAGAUGACUGAAUUAAUUUUGUUAGUUUAUUCGUUCGCGCGUUUCUCAAAUUUAUGAAGCAUAUAUUUCAAAAGUUCGUUGAAUAUAGUAAUUUUUAAACAGUUGCUGUUUAUUAUAGAUAAGUAAUAUUGUAAUGUAUCUGGAUACAUUUAUUUAAUUACAGUAGAUAUAUUUAUCUAAUCACAGUAGAUACAUUUAUCUAAUUACAAUAUUUACUUUUUAUGUAUCUUUAUCUGUAACUAAUUAGAUUUUUUAUUUCAGUAACUGUAUCUGUAACUAAUUUUAUUUAACCUUGUAAGUGUAUCUAAGUUUAACACUUUAGAUACAGAUAGAUAAAAUGAAAUUAUAGAUACAGUUACUGAAAUGAAAAAUCUAACUAGUUACAGAUAAAGAUAUACAAAAAGUAACUAGAUAUUGUAAUUAAAUAAAUGUAUCUACUGUAAUUAGAUAAAUAUAUCUACUGUAAUAAAUAAAUUUAUCUAGAUACAUUACAACACUGUAGAUCAGAGCUCGGAAUUACUUGCCCAUUUCGGCCGAUUCUCAAGAGCUACGCCUUCUAUCUUCCCUUUGCCGCGAGCGGACCACGAAAAUGACGGUCACGGCUUCAAGCUUGGAGGCUCGACCGUCACUUUCGCGGCCCGCUCGCGGCAAGGGGAAGAUAGAAGGCGUAGCUCCUGAGAAUCGGCCGAAAUGGGCAACCAAUUCCGAGCUCUGCUGUAGAUAAGUAUAGCUUGUCUUGCGAGCUAUUCGAAGAAUGAAAGAUCGUUGUAAUAAUUAAUGUAUUAUGAUCAAUGUUGAUUUAUGACAAGUUCGAAAUGUAACUUUAUAUAUAAAUCGAAUAAUUUAUAUUAUUUGUAUUAUAUAUAUCAAAUUUACUUUUUAUAGAUAGUUUUAUAUAAUUGUUUUAAAGUCAAAAUUUGGGGAAUUUUUACUUUCUAAGGUGUGAAAAAUUGAAUUUAUGUAGUAAACAUAAAUUCAGUCAAUUUCUGAUAUUAUAAAUCUUCGUGAAUAUACGACUUGUGUCUGGCUACUUUGAAAUUGCUACUGUGUGUGCGCGCGUGUGUGUAAAAGCAAGAUAUUGCGAAAUACAUAUAAAUUAUUUUUUCAA